CUGCACAGCACUUCCUGGUCCACGUACGGAGCAUCUCUUGUUGAAGACAUAAUGGCGUCUUAUAUGGAGGAUAUUGUUCCGAGCAGAGUUUCUCCUUCAGGUUUAAUCGACACAGCUCGGCUGUAGCGGGGAGUCCGAGCUUCAGGAGGUUUUAUUCAAACGGGUGCAACAUGUCUUGGUUUACGGACUUGGCUGGGAAAGCUGAAGACUUCCUGAAUAAAGUGGACCAAGGAGCUGCGACAGCCCUGAGCAAGGACCAGGCGAGAACUGCCUCCCUUUCAUCAGCCUACGGGGGGGAUGAGUACGGUUCUACAGCGUUCGAGACCGGGACUUCUGGGCCACAUCAUACCUACAUGUCCUCCCAUGAAGCCUCCAGCUUCAUCUCUACAGCAGCAGGGAACAUCAAGAGGUCCGUGGCCAACACGCCCAGUCCUCCUCCUGCUUCUGGCGCCAGCGCUCCAAACUCGGCCAAGAACUUGGCGGGCUUCGUGAGGCCCAGGAAGAGCGAGCCGGACGUGGACGACGACAUGCUCUUUGACUUCCUGAACAGCUCCGAGCCUCCCGCCAGCUCCAGGAGGGACUCAAGAAGAGAGCCUGUCAAGACGACGUCAACCACAGAGACGCCAACCCCGACACCUCCACCUCCCUCCACGUCACUUCCUGUCCCAUUGGCCCCGCCCACACCCCCUUCGACCCGAGGGGUGUCCAGGGCCUCCAGCAUGAGCUCACUGUCUGUUCACAGCACCAAAACGUCAGAGGAGAACUCUAAAGAUCCAAGUCCAGACACAUCUGAGAGUUCAGACUCUGGCUCGGCCCCCCUUCAGGAGUCCAGCCGGCCGGACCCCCCUCAGAGCCAGAUGGUGUCCAGCCUGCGCCUGGAGAACCAGCUGCUGCGCAGCGAGGUGGCGUCCCUCAACCAGGAGAUGGCCUCGGUCAUUCAGAGAGCGAAAGACUUGCAGGACGAGCUCAACCAGGCCCGGUUGCGUGCGGACAGGUGGAACUCGGAGCAGGCUCAGACGACCCGCACCUUACAAGAACUUCGCUCCCACGUGGAUGACCUGACAGAAGCUCUCUCUGCCAAAGACGGGCAGCUUGCAGUUUUAAAAGUCCGACUUGAUGAAGCCGAUCAGCUUCUGGAGUCCCGCAGGGCUGCGUUAGAGGAGGUGCAGAAGGAGAAAUCAAGGAUCAUGCAGGACCACACAGAAGGCAGCAGCAUGCAGAACCAGGCUCUGGAAAGGAUCCAGGAGAGGCUGCGGGAGGCGGAGCUGUCCCUGAGACGGGAGCAGGACGGCUACCGGCAGAUCCAGAGCGAGUCCACUGGCCGCCUGGCCAAACUGGAAGCUGAGAGGCAGACCCUCGCAGAGACGCUGACCGCAGCCGAGCGACGAGCUUUGGACGAGAAGGCCCGAGCCGAAGACUUCCAGCAGCAGCUGAAAGGCGCCAAAGCUGCAGCUGACUGGGCCAAGCAGGAGCUGCAGGACUACAAGCACAAAGCCUCACGCAUCUUACAGUCCAAAGAGAAGCUGAUCAGCAGUCUGAAGGAGGGCUCCGGUCUGGACGCAGGAGACGGCAGCCUGACCCUGGCUCUGGAGCUGGAGGAGCUCCGCCACGAGAAGGAGCUGCAGAGGGAGGAGAACCAGAGGCUGCAGGAUCAAGUGGGCACGCUGCGAGCAGAAAUCCAGGACUCAGAAACCCAAGCCCUGGCCGAGGCAGAGACCUGGAGGGAGCAGCAGGUCCAGUUCCAGGAGCAGCUGGACUCCCUGAACCGAGCCAAGCAGGAGGUGGAGGCUGAAGUGGAGCGCUACAAACACGAGCUGCAGUACCUGGACGAGGAGCAGCAUCGAGCCAAAUCCACGCUGCAGGGCCAGAUCAGACACCGAGAGGACGAGAUCCAAAAACUCAGGAACCAGCUGACCAACAAGACUCUGAGCAGCAGCAGCCAGGUGGAGCUAGAGAACCGGCUCCACCAGCUGACGGAGACGCUCAUCCAGAAGCAGACCAUGCUGGAGGCCUUGGGCACGGAGAAGAGCUCCCUGGUCUUCCAGCUGGAGCGUCUGGAGCAGCAGCUGAAGAGCGCUCAGGGGGGGCAGGCUGCAGGGCCGGCCAUCAACAUGAGCAGCCUGGAGGCUCCAGGGGCCCGGCAGAGGAGCGGCCCCGUGCUCUUCAGUGACCACGACAGUCCCGGAGUUUACGGGAAGGUCCGUAAAGCAGCCAGCACUAUCGACCGCUUCAGCAUAAGACUCGGGAUCUUCCUGAGGCGGUACCCUGCAGCCCGGGUGUUUGUGAUCCUCUACAUGGUGGUUCUGCACCUGUGGGUCAUGAUCGUUCUUCUGACCUACACACCUGAGAUGCACAGCCGUCCUGAUGGAAGAUAGUCCGUUGGUUUGGCCUUCGGUGUGAGGAAGCUGCUGGAAGACGGGCUCUGGGACCCGACUCCCUGAUUUGCACAGAUUUAUGAUGAACUUACGUUUAUUUUGGUUCUGACGGAGGAUUUUUGGCUGACGGUUGUUUUGGGUUUUGAAGGGACUACAGAGAUGUGACGUCUCCAGACGGGAGAAUCGGAACUGUAAUUCUUCUUCACAUCAUCUUCUGUAAUUUCACAGAUUACAGUUGCCACCAUGUCAAAAUAAAGCUUUUAAUAAGGCA